AUGUUGUAUAGCAUGCUCUCUUUGGCGCCGAGUGCAGUAGUCGAGUUUGAAGACAUCUUACUUGCCGACGAACGUUUAAGGGCCGCCCUCGUCUCAGGCUCACCGGACGACUUGCUAGAUGCGUCGUCUUACAUCGAACGCUCCCGGCAAGUGCUCGUGGAUGUCGAUUCGAAACGUCGCAACUAUCUUCUCGCGCGCUGGAGAGCGGCAAUCAACCUUCGCCUCCCUAUCGCUUCUUUGCCCCCGGAGAUACUCGGUGUCAUCUUCGAGCUUGACAUGCGCAACGGUCCCAUAACUCAUCGCCGCCCUAUUGUCGUCAAUUACACCUGGUUGAGGCUGGGUCAAGUGUGUCGAUCUUGGCGCGUGCUUCUUUUCGGCAUGCCGAAUAUCUGGGCUCAGAACAUCUUCAAGUUUGAGCCCGAGCGUGCCCUCACUCUUCUGCCGCUGGCACGUCAGGCCUGUCUGCACCUCGAUCUGUGGUCAACAGAGGCCAAGAAAGACGAAAUUGCCACCCUUCUAUCCCUCGUACCGCGGUCGUCAAGGAUCGAAUACACAGAACGACAUGGAAAGCAGGAUGUCAACAUGCUUCCCGAUCUAGUUUCCAUUGGCGUCCCUCUUGCUCUGGUGAACUUACAUCUCUCCGCAAUGAGACCACGCUCUAUUGAUGCACGGUCUCCAUUGGUGGAACAUGACGGCUUGCGCGCCCUCAACUUGCAUAACGUCUACAUACGCCCGCCAUUCAGCAGUGGUCUCCGCUCGCUCUCGCUCUCCAUGUCAAGAGUCGCCAUCACCAGACUAACCCUUAGCGACUUACUGGAGAUACUUUCGCGCAAUCAGCAUCUGUGCUCAUUGCUAUUACAUCGCGCAUUCUCUUCCACCGGACUUGUCAAUCCCGAUCGAAAGAUCACGCUGCUUACGUUGGUGUCUCUGUCUCUGAGCCACGACGAACACGCAUGUAGUCGGAUGCUACAGCAUUUACUCCUCCCGGCGCUUGAACAGGCGACUAUACACCACGCAUCGACUCCGGCGACGGACGUAACCCACGACCUCAGAAUCUUGUUGUCAUCCCUUCUGCAAGCUUGGAUCGGCCCUUUGGGCGAUACCACGUCCCGCCUACUCACGGUGAAUUUCAUACAACCUCCGGGCUCGGGGGGGAAUCACCCGCUCGCUCUAGAGCAGAGCGAUAUCUCUGUGAUGGUUUCUGAGGCCGAGCAAACUAUCGGAGCCGAGCCGAACAUUACAAGGGGUCGUAGGGAUCAGAGGGUCGCGGAGUUCCGGUUUCAUCUUCUCUGA